GCAGCGGCAAGGGCAUCCCUUACCCUUGACAGCUUGCUCUCACAACUUGCAUGCUUUUGCACAGCGUGAAAGUCUGUGUUGAUAGAAUACAUGAUGUGCUUUAAGUUCAUGCAGCUUAGGAACUCGGAAGCGGCGAGUCACUUGCUCGUGACCACCAUCUAGGCGGGCACAAUUUGCGCGGGCCUGGCUGCCCGGUUACUUACGCUCGGGGACACGAUGAUGGACGAAAUUUGCAAUACAAGUGGCCUGAUCGGAAAGCGGGUGCUGGGUUGCAGCUCGAGCAGCCAGCAGCAGUCCUUGGCUCAGCAGCAGCGGUCGGUGCUGUUGGCUCUGGCCUGCCCCGACCUGCCGCCGUCGGCCCUGUCCGGCCGCGGCCUGCACCUGCAGGCCCAACAGCGCGCCCGCUGCGCCCUGGGCCGCCACGAGCGCGCGUGUGCGUCGGGCUACCGCCCGCACCUGCGCGCCGCCGCCACCGCGCGCGCCGUGAUGGAGCAGGUUGCCUAUCCGCCCCCGUCUGCUGCCCCGUCUGCCCAGGAGGAAGUGUUUGACCUAGCUGGCCUCUUUGCUGACGUGCCGCGCCCGGGAAAAGAAGACAGCCUCUUUCCCCUGCCCAGCUUCCCAGCACUGGUUGCGGAGGAGGCGGCCUGGGGCCGGCUAGCAAGAGCCAUGCUACAGCCGGCGGCGGCUGCGGAUGUGUUGACGGCCAUCGCGGAGGGCGGCUCUGCGCCGAACCUAUGGUGCUCGCCAGAGGAGCUGGAGCCGGCGGCGGAAGCGCUGGACAUCAGGGCGGUCGCGGCGCGGGUGGCGGCGGCACGGCCGGCGUCGGCGGCGGAGGCGGAGGAGCGGCAGCGGACGUCUGUGUUUGGUCGCGUCGUGCCCGGGCCUGAGGAGCUGGCGGCCGCAGCUGGCUCUGGUGCCGCUCGCAGCUCUGCCACGGCCGUCGCCACAGACGCUGAAGCAGAAGCAGCCGCCGUGGCCGCACGGGCCGAAGCCGCGGCGCGCGAGCGGCUGCUUCAGCGCUGGUGUGCUGAGGCGCUGCCCAGCCGUGCGGCGCUGCUGGCGGCGGCGACAUCACACAUGGUUCUGGCACAACUGAGGCCGGGCGCUCGAGAGUCCCAAAUAGGCUUCAUGUGGAACGGCCGCUCGGCGGCGCUGAUCGACGCGCUACUAACGCACUGGGCGCUGCCGCCGCUGGGUCUGCAUGAGCUCACGGCGUUAGGCGCGCUGCUGCAUGCGCUGGCGGGGUGCUUUGUGGCCGACCGCGACCUGCUACAGAGCGGCCUGGCCGUGCCGCCGUUCAAGCCGCAGGAGGCUGUGCGACGGCUGCAGCCCCUUGCCUUCUUCGCAACCCCCGACGGGCUCUGCCGCGCGGCUCGCGUGAUAGCGGGUUCCCUGCUCUCGCUCGGCAAAGUGUUUGGCGCCGGCGUCAUGUACGCCAAGGUCGUGCAGCUGGCGCAGGUACACGUGGUAGCACUGCAGCAUGUGUUGCCAAGCUCGGCGGAGGCGGCUGCGGCGGAGGGGGCCGCGGCGACGCCUGAGGCGGCCGCAGUCAGGCGGCGCGAGCUGGUGUCGCGCUGCCGCAGCAAGUACACGUCAAGGGUGGAAAGGGCCCUGGCAACCAUCGUGAACGAGUUUGUACGGGCGCGGGGGCCUGGCGGCAGCGGUCUUCCAAGCGUGAAGCUGCCGGCUGCGGCGGAGCUUGCGGUGCAGCUGGCCACAGCUACUUUUCCACCGGCGGCGGAGGCGGCUGCAGCAUCGGCUUGGGGCUCGACAGCAGUCCGCCCAAACAGCGGCAACAGCAGCCGCAAUAGCAGCAGCAACAGAGCGAACAACAGCGUCAGUGCGUCGCCAAUCGGCGGCAGUUUCGGCGGUGACGAUGGCGAAUGUGAUGCGGAGGACGGGCAGCCAAGCAAGCCCCUGCCGGCUGCGGCCGCAGUCGUGCGCAUGUCGCUGGGCAGAAGGAGCAGCCAGCCAGCGCCGCUGCGGGACGGCAUGAGCGGCAUGAUGCAGGGGGGAAUGCGCAUAGAGUCGCAGUGCGAGGCAGAGCGGCUGACGGUGGCGGCGGCCCUGGCGGCGGCGCUGGCGCAGCCUGACGUGCGCGGCGAGGCAGCGGAGCGGGCGGCGCGGCGGCGCGCGACGCUGGUGACUGUGGGCGCGACGGCGACGCACCACGCGCUGCUGCAGGCCGCGCUGGUAGCGCCCAUUCACACGGCCCCCACCGACGUCAACCAUCAAAGCCACCCGGUGGCCAACCGCGCAAUGACGGUGCUCGCGGGCGCCAUCGGCGACAAGCUGCUGCCGGUGGCGAUGGUGGCGGCGUGCCGCGGUGAAGCGCGGCGGCUGCUGGGCGGCUGUGGGAUAAUGGUAAUGCUGGCACGCGACCCGGAGCUUGCCGAUGCGCACGAGUCGCAGCUGCCUUCAGGGACAGAGCAGGCGAAGCCGAAGGAAAAGCCGCCGAAGGCGCAAGGCGUCGCUGACGGCGCUGGUGGCAGCGGCGGCGGCAGUAGCGGGCAGGGCACGGGCGAGGGCGGUGAUCCGCUGACGCCGCUGGAAGUGGACAGCUGUGCGGUGCAGAUGCAUUUCGUCGCGCUACCGCCCGAGGCGCAAGAACGUAUAUUAGCGCGGCGCAAAUCUGCCCGGCGCGAGCUCAUGAACGGCUGGAGCCCCGGUCAGAGGCUGUUGCAGCGCAAGCGCAUCGAGUCACACCUGCGCAGUGGCGGGCGCAGCCUGCUGCUGACCUGCCCCAGCACCAGUGAACUCAUGUCCGCCGUCGCCAUCUGCGCCGAGCUCUCCAGCGAGUGGCUGCACAACGAUGGCCGGGCCCUGGCGCUGGUGCCCCUGUGGGACCAGACGCCGCCCUCCAUGCUCGGCGGCGCCUCUGCUGCUGCAGAGGACGUAUGGUUCCUGUCUGCGCUGCGGGAGCGGCUGCUGCUGGAGCUGUUCGAGGGACACAGGCCGCAAAGCGCCCCAUUAUCGGACUGGAGCAGGCGGCUUCUGAGGCCCGACUGGCAGGCCCGUCAGCGCCUGGCGUUGCAGCGGCUCCUGGGGUCGCUGUCGGGCGUCCCCACCAGCGCCUUUAUCGGCUGGCGCGCUGGCGACACCGACAACCUGCACGCCGCGACCGGGUGGCCCGGCAUGAUGGAUGGCACGAGGCAGGUCUACAACGCGGAAGCGGAAGAGGCGCGCGCGCUGCGUGGCCAUCCGUUCUUUGGUGGGUAUGGCGCAGCCGGCGAAGGAGGGCUGGGCAGGGCCGGGGCGGGAAGCGGGGCCGGGGUGGGACUGCAGCUACUGCUGCUGGAGUGCGAGCCGGGCCGGCCCACAGAGUGGCUGUAGCAGCGUGUGUGUAGCAGCGACGCAAGAGGUCGCCGGGGUGGCCGCGGGUCUGGUUUGUGCAGUUGUUGGGAUGGUUUGCAUUCUUGCAGAGGUGAGUGCGCGCAGGUGUGGGAAUGGUGUGCUCUCUUACGGAGGUCGUAGGUAGUCAAGGGCAGUGCACCGGACGUGUACAAGUCAACGUUGAGGAACGAUGAGCUGCAGGCGUGUGUGGAACAUGAGGGGGUGCUGUGUGCGAUGUUGAUGUGCGUGUAAGUACGUGUGCUU